UUAAAAACAUCAACUUUUACUGAAACAGUGAACCUUAGCAGCGAACAGAUCUGGCUUCUUGAAGACGACGAACCUUCGCGGCGAGAAGUCACCAUGAAAAUGCUCGAAGCUGAAAAACCAGCUGUCGAAGGGGAGGCAAUUCUAACGGCUGUUUAUUGCCUAUUUGAUUCAGCCGCCAUAGUUGAAGCAAUUCCGGCGCCGGACAAAACUCUUACCACAGUUGUCAUCCACGAGAGGUCAUCCAUAUUGGGCUCUCAAAACAUCCAUUAUUAUAAGAAUCUAUGGGUG